CUGGUUGUUUCUACAGCUCUCCGCAGACGCUGGACGUGGUGCAGUACCCAGCCGGAGCCACCGGGGGUGGACGGCGGGUUCGAGUUCUCGGUGAUGACCUACAACAUCCUGUCCCAGGAGCUGCUGCGGGACAACGCCUACCUGUACCGCCACUGCCACCCGGCCCACCUGCCCUGGGAGUACCGGCUGCCCAACCUGCUCACCGAGAUCCAGCAGCACGCCGCCGACAUCCUCUGUCUCCAGGAGGUGCAGCAGGACCACUAUGAAGCCCAGAUCAAACCGGCUCUCCAGGCACUAGGGUACCAGUGUGAGUUUAAGAAGCGAACGGGGAAGAAGCCGGACGGCUGCGCGGUCUCCUUCAAAACCUCGCGCUUCUCGCUGCUCUCCUCCAAACCGGUGGAGUUUUUCCGGGGGGGCGACGCCCUUCUGGACCGGGACAACGUGGGCCUGAUCCUUCUGCUGCAGCCCACUGGGGACCCCCCCGGGGACCCCCCCGGGGACCCGUCCUCCUGCGUGUGCGUGGCCAACACCCACCUCCUCUACAACCCCCACCGGGGCGACGUGAAGCUGGCCCAGCUGGCCAUCCUAUUGGCCGAGAUCGGCCGGGUGUCCCGCCUCCCCGACGGCUCCAGCCGGCCGGUGCUGCUCUGCGGGGACCUGAACUCCUCCCCCCAGAGCCCGCUCUACAGCUUCCUGACCAGGGGCCGCCUGGAGUACAAGGGGCUGAGGAUCGGCAUGGUUUCGGGUCAGGAGAUCCUCCUGAGCGGCGGCUCCAGGGGUCAGCGCCGCCUCCAGUCCCCCAUCUGGUCCCCGAAGCUGGGCAUCAGCCGCCGGUGUCGGUACGAGAGCAAACGGCCCAAGUUCACCCCCGCCGGCCCCCCCCCGGCCGUCUCAGACCCAACGGUCCAGGACCCGGACCCCGGAGAGCCAGAUGGACCCAGCAGGUGGAAGGAGUUCCGGUGGAGCAUCGAGCACGGCCUGAGCCUCCGGUCGGCCUACGGUCACCGGCUGGAGCCCGAGGGCCGGCCGGAGAUCACCACCUGCCACUCACGCACCGCCCAGACAGUGGACUACAUCCUGUACAGCCCCGAUUCCGGGGCUUCACUUCCUGGUGGGCGGGGCCUGCAGCUGCUGGGCCGGCUCUCAUUGGUCAGCCAGUUGGAGCUGGAGGAGGUCAACAGCCUGCCCAACCAGCACCACUCCUCCGACCACCUGCCUCUGCUCGUCCGCUUCCGGCUCCGCCCCUGA